AUGCCGCCCACGCCGUUCGCACCGAGCCAUGCGACGCCGUUCAAGUCGACGCUCUCGUCCUCGCAGCAGCCCCAUACCAACCACUCGCCACUUGCACCGCAGGCUGAACGAACCAUCUCGGUGGCCGACAUCGAUCCUACGCACUGGAGGUACCAUGCGGAAGGCGGCAAGAAUCUGCUGCUCUCCUACGAUCCCCCUGCGGGUAUUGAGGGGUCGCCAUUCGUGACGGCACAGGGAGCGUAUGCGCUGCGCAUCCCCAAGUCGCUGCCGCCCGGCUCGGAGGAGGUGCAAGACGACGUCGACGAGGCCGAGCGCUUCACGCGGCACGUCGUGCAGCCGCUCCUCGGCGAUUCGGAGGUGCUUCCACAUUGCAUCCGCAUUCCCAUCGACACAGACCGCGAUCGAUCCGUCAUCGAUACGCUCGCAGCGGCCAUCGAGAUCCACCGCCCUGCUGCACGCCGCACGGACCCGGCGCGCAUUCGCGCCGAAUCGCUGCGUUGCAUCUACGCCGUGCAGGACAUCACUGCGCGGGCUGCUUCUGUGAGCGGAGGCGAUGUGUUGUGCGUAGAGAUCAAGCCCAAGUGGGGUUUCCUCCCUCGCAUCGACGCCAUCCCACCAACGUCGCCCAAUGUCGACAUCAAGACCCGCUACUCGCGCUUCCGAAUGCACGCCGUAGCACGCAAUCCCGCAAUCACUCGAGAACAAUUCGAUGCGCUGUACGACCCGCUAGAUCUGUACAGCGACGAUCCGGCGCGCGUGCGCAGGGCGCUCGACGCGCUCUGGACAGACUGGAUCACGACGAAUGGCAAGACCAACAAUCUGCGCGUCUUCUGCAACGGCGCACUGGUGCUGCCAGACGACGCGUGCGCGCUUGCCGAUGUUGCUGCGACCCUCAGCGCUUCUGCGGCGGAAGAAGAUGUGCAGAUGCUGCGAACCAAUGUAUGGACGCACUUGGUGGGGCAGGUUCAGGGCGAGCUUUUGCGGCGCUCGUUGGUGCACGAUGGCACGGACGUAUCUGUGCUGCAUCGGCUGAAGCACUUGCAAGCCGCGCUGGAUCCUUGGGACGUCGAAGGUCUCGCACACGCCUGGACCGAGCAUACCGGCUCCCACGUGCUCGGCCAGCUUCCCGACGAUACUGCCGAUAAUCUCACGCCAGCGGCCGCAGAGCUUCUGCCGCUUGUGCAGCCCCUGCUCGAUGGCGCGCAAGCAUCAAGUGUACAGCAGGCAGUGCAGGCGUUUCUCGUCUCGGCCAGCUUCAAGGACUGCUCGUUGCUGCUGCGCUUCCCACGCGACCAUGGGGCGUCUACAUGGCUUGUCGACUUGGACCGCAAACCGGCCAGCAAGCUCGCAAAGAUGCAAGAGACGGAUGCCCAAGUAUGCUCUGCCUUCCAGUCCUGGCUUGCGACACAGUCACGUGCACCCACGCCAUCGAUGGUGUAG